CAAGCGAAGCAGCUGUCAAAUAAAGUUUGAGGGGAAAAAGAAAAGAUGUGAGCAGUUCGAGUUGAGAUUUUAUGAAAUGCAAGUAAAUUUCCAGUUAAGCUACAAAAUGGAUGCCGCACGUACUUAUGAAAAAUAUGUGAAUGCUCGAAUUCGAGUGGAACGUCUGAAUGUCUUGCUCUCUAGAAAUCGUCAUCUACCACUGACUCGACAUAGUCAGAAUCGUUUGCCCGCUGGAGGAAGAUUGAGUAAAACCUUGGCAACUGGUUCUAUACCAAAUUUCAAUUGUUUUCCACAUCGAUCUAGUAGAGAAUGCAAUUGCCAGGAUCAUUUAGUGAGUUGUGUUGAAAAGAACCUCUCAAAAACAGGAAGCUACCCAGAAGAAGGCAAAUCAUCAAACAAGAUGGAAAUGCAAGUGCAAGUGCAAGUGUAAGCCUCCAGUAAUUGUUGUACCCUCCAAGUCACGUGUGAAUAACAAUAGCUCCGAGGCUUCAGGAUCCCAUACACGUAUCUCAAAGUUCCCAUUUAGACUGUGUGCGAAGAAGUCGAAGAAACCCGUCAGCUGUGAAGUAGAGCCCGUUCAAUGCUCAUCAAAACAUAAAACUGUGUCCAUUAAUUGUCCAAAAAUUGAACCAACAAUAGAACCCUGCCCAUCGAAGAACAGAAACUUAUCAAAGGAGAAUCCAGAGACAUUAAAACGCAUUAGCUUUCAGGAGAAUUAUGAGGAGAAGAUUCAUUGUGCGGAAUGUAAUCAAAUUCCUCAAUCUCAAUGCAGUUGACAACGUUGAUGAAGAAACUGGAGGAUCAGGUUGCUUGUGAAAUCCAGCAAAAGGAGAAACUGAAUGCAAUAAACGAGCAGUUGAAGCAACUGAGUGGAACUGUGACCAAUCUCAAUGAUAAAUGUAAAUUUCUGGAAACAAAGAAGGAGAAAUUACAGGGCAAGAUUCAAGACGAUGCAGAAGAUUACAAACUUUGCCAAAAACCCUCGAGUUUAUGUCAGUUUUGCAAGAAUAAACAACUUCCCAUUUUGAGCUCCCUUCAAAGUGAACUUUUCAAGCUAAUGGGCAAAAGACUCUUUACAGAAGUUGCACUAACCAUUCUACUGAGAGCCGAUAAUGUUUAUCAUAUAAAUGUGCGGGAUUUGGAGACUGGAAAAGUGUUGGGCUGUUUACUGGUAAACGAUGUGGGCAUCAAGGAAGCCAAUUGUUUGGGACUUUUUCAGGAAAUACUCACAUUUUGUGUGAUCGAUGUGCGCAGCUCGAUGAAUACCAAAGAUGCGAUUUUUGGUGGCAUUAACUUCGAGUUCGCCAGUGAUCAUCGUCUCAGCGGUGGAAAUAUAUCGUUGAAUCGAAUGGAACUAUUCAAGAAGCUGCACAAUCCCGUCAUGCAUCUUGAGGUUGAUCAAGAAAGUCUAAAGUCUACAUUGCCGCACGAAAAUCAAUCUCAGGAUAAUAACUCUGAGUCGAUCAAGUUGAGCGUUUCCCAAGCAAUGCUCCAAAUUGAAAGCAUCAGCAGCAGCCUUAUUCUCUCCGAUGAGGAGGCUCAAUAUCCAGUGCGCAGCAUUGAAAUUAUUUCCCUUCUGGAAUCUAGUUCCGAAAAUAGUGAACAAGAUAUAAAAUAAGAGACUUCCAAGCUUCCGCUCGAUCCGCUCUAAAUAAUGCAAGAAAUCAUUAAAUUUUAAAGUCUUUUAACAUGUUAUAAAUAUUUUAGAUUUUUAAUAAUAUACGAAAAAUAAACA